UUAUAUGACGUUUCUCCUUCUACACCACAUAAUCGCCCUUCCUUAAAAAACACAUUCCUAUGUACAUACAGGAACAUAUCCACUUCUUGUUCGCUGGAUCUGGGAAUUUGAAGGUCGCCGUGUAGGUCUGUAUGCGCCUCCAAGUUGUUGCCAGGUUGAUUUAGAUGGACCUUUGAAGUUUCCUUGUUCGUAUUGGUAGUUUGGUGGAUCCUUUUUAUAAUGUGGAAGCACAUUUUGCAGUCGAGCAACAAGAGUGAUGACAUGACUGGAAAGCCACUGCAUCCUAACAAAUCUGUUUGGAUGGCUCAUUGGACAAGUACAAAGUGUAAGUCAGCAACCCCAGCACAUCAACAGCUGCUUCAUUACGAGCCCAAGGGAGAUGAUCAUAAGACCAUGAGUUGCCCUUUAUCAACUAGGUCAGAGGUAUCGACAGAUAGUUCUAUACAUGCUUUAGAUUUUAAAGAAUUAGUUAAGGUCAAAACAAAUAAUGAUACGGAUGAUAGCUUGAUAAUAAGUUCAAAGAAGUCGAGGACUGAAAUAUUUAAGCCCUUUCCAAUGUUCAAUGUCUCCAAAGAUGGUAGGUUGGAUGUGAAAAGUGAUCAAACCACUUUACACCAUCAAAGAGUUGUUAGGUUAAGCAAUAGUCCUGACUCUGGAUUCAUUAGUUCUCUGGGUGGAACUGAGGAAAAAUUUUCUUCACAGCCUGUAUGUGCUCCUCAUGAAACUGGUCCUUCAUCAAGAGGGUGCGAUUUUCAGUCUGAAGGUAGAAGAUACCCGGAGCAGUGGUUUAUACCUGUUAAGACUCUUGGAAAAGACAGCUCAGCAGCUUCAUCAUCUUGCCACAAUGAUUUUACGCGGUCCGCUACUAAAAUUGUGCCACAUGGAAUAAACAGAAGUGGGACUUCUGUGAAGUCUUUGUUGCAUGGGGAAGAAGAAAUUAAUCAGUCAAGCUCUGUCGUAGCAUCAAAAGAACGCUUUAGAAAUAGUGAUUAUAACAGGCAUUCUUCUCCUUUUGCUGAAGAGAAGCAAAUUCAUAACGAACCAACUCUGUUAGUGUGUAAUCCCUCGUCAAGCAAUAAUGAGGUACAAGAUUUCCUUGGUAAACAACGUCAGAAUAGGACAAAUGAUUAUGGGUUUGGAUUGUUUCCAAGCGGAAGCAAUUCACCAGAGGAGACUGAAUCAGAAAAUUUGUAUCACCGAUGUUACUCAGUACCAAGAUUUCCAUGUUCUGUUCAUGACGUGGAAACUAUGAGAAUACGUACAGCUAUAGAUUCUAUGGAAGAAUCAUCCACAGGUCCUCCCCUUUAUUCUCAGACUACUCAAAAGACUGAUGCAAAAGUGUCUGACGGAAGUCAAAUGUUCAGGGAGUCAAGGGUAUCUACCAAAUAUAAAGGAAAAAUGGUCGGUGAGCUACUCAGUUUAUCUCCGGAUUUCAAUUUCCAUUUUCUUCGAGGAGUGAAACUACACGCUUUACAUAGCUGCACACAAAUUGAACGAAAAGGUAAUAUUGGAGGUGUUGAAACUUCUGCUGUUCAAAUAAGGAGCGAAUCAUCAGCUGAAACUGAUACUAUGGACAUGAACCCUUUCCGAGAGAACCAUGUUUCUGGCAUGACUUCGUCUUUGUCAACUAAGGGUGUACUCCAAAAGUCACCAAAAGCACAAGCUGCUACAGCUUCAGCUGGAGAAGAAAUUGAAGAUAGGCUACUGAAUGCAAAAUUACCUGAUAUGAACCCAGAACCUCCAGCACUUGCAGGUGUUGCAAGCUUGUCAAAUGACAGGGACACAAGCACCUCUAGAACCCAGAGUUUGAAUAUGGAGCACCUCUUUUCACAUGCUGAACGACGUACAAAUUCAAAAUCCAGUGCUUACCACGAUGGAUUGGGGCCAGAGCCAAGCAGCAGAUGGGUUAAACGCCUCAAGUCGAGUGCUUGUGGUUCUUUUGAUUACGGAACAAAGAGCUUGAAAAUGGAAGAAGCCUUUCCCCAAGAAAAAGUUCAUAACCUCUUUGGCAAAAUGUCGGAACGUAGAAUAGCUAGUCCAGACCCACAGAUGGGCAAAUGUCGUGGGAAACAGCCGAUGUUGUUAGAUAAGACAGUAGUGCCAUUAAGAAACUCUGGGUCCUCUUCUAAUGACUUAGUGGGGGAAAGUAAUAUAACACUCUCACAUCCUUGGAUCCGGAGGUGGUGUCGUCGUCAAGCUACAUCUCCACAGGCCAAGGCUGAAGCUCCUGUGAUUUGUGAGCCACAACGAUCAAAUGCCGUUGCCUUUGAGUAUAAAAAGCAGCAGUGUCCUAGCGUUGCUGCUAAGGCUCUGAUGGGAAGAACCAUGACUCGUUUUCAGCCAUGCAAAUUUAUCAAUAAGGGUCCUAUAUUAUUUUGGAAUAGUUAAGGAUUUUCAAAUCUCCCUGGGCAUAUGUUGGAUGAAACUCAGCCUAGUAAUCUGCUAGAUCAGCCAGUUCUCAUCAGUUGACAGGAGGAAAAGCUGCUUUGGCGAUUUUGUCUCAUGUUGAUCAGAUUUCUUUACAGUGUGAAAUGUUGGUUUGCUAUGUAUUCUGGCCUGAAUUUUUAUCUCAAAACUUUUUUUUUUUCCCUUGAAGAAAAUAUAUUUUUGAUACA